AUGACAAGGGAUAUCGACCAGACAGAAUGCGGCAACCCAAUCAAUCCGGACCAUUCAUUUUGUGAGCCCCUCUACACAAAAACAACUUUUUCGGGGCCAAGCUCAAACGAUGUGUCCGCUGAAAGAAUUUCGAAUGCACCAUCAGCACACGUUGCUUGUAUCCCUAGUCCACAAAUGAACACUAGAAAUAGUUUCAUCAAUUCAGUCACGCUAAAAUCCGGCGAACAACACUGCUCACAGAAGAGUAAUCAACUAGUUUCAGAUCACAAGCCGACGGAACCGCGGUGGCGAGCCAAACAUAUAGGGCACAUCAAAAAACCUUUAAACGCUUUCAUGCUGUUCAUGAAGGAGAUGCGUGCACAAGUGAUUGCUGAAUGCACACUAAAAGAAUCCGCAGCUAUCAACCAGAUUCUCGGUCGUAAGUGGCACGCAUUAUCUCGUGAAGAUCAAGCUAAAUACUAUGACCUGGCGAAGAAAGAGAAGGAACUUCAUCAACGCCUCUAUCCCGGUUGGUCUGCUAGAGAUAAUUAUGCCACACAGAUCCGAAGACGAAACCGAACCAGCGCAACUUCCCCUGCGUCUAUUGGAAAACUGUUAUCCACUGCGGGUUCGCCGUUCACCCUACAAACGACGAACAGAACUGGAAGGAGUACAGUUCCAUUCAACACCAAUUGGGGAAAUGCUCCUAACUUGACACAACAACUGAUGACCCCGACGACCGAUAGCUCAGUAAAACCGAGAAUGCAAUUUUCUUCCACAGAUCACCCGUACGCUAGCCAUUUCACUUCACCAAUUAUGUCUGUGUUCCGAGAGAGUUUAGGACAACAGCCCAGUUCACAUUCGCUGCUUGGUAUGCUUGACGGAGCAUUUUCCAACCGAUUCAUCCCAACAUCCCAGUGGUCUAAUACAACUGGAAUCGCCUCUAAUGAAUCCGGAAGAGAUUGGCUGCCGCAUCCUUCGGCUGAAUUCAUGUCGGCACAACAACCUANACAACCUACCAACCAAAACGCAGCUGUUGGAGCCGGUCUUCCGCCAGAUGCGGACUGCGUUGACUCAAAAGAGCACGGCUCUGUUCGUGAUGUGGAAGUUUUUAUCAGUGGUGAGUUACAUGGCAAAUAUUUCGUGAAGUACGUUACUAAUCUGCUAUAG